UGGAGGAGGAGGAGAUGUGGGAGAAGGCCGAGGCAUGGGGGUUUCAGGCGCCAGGUGAAUACAACAGAGACGUGCUCCGACCGGCUCUGUCUCAGCCAUCCGCAUCGCUCCGCUUCACAUGGGGCCGGCGCACCAAGAGAGCCCGAGCAUCUCAAGAGCAGCCUGCCACGUGGCAGCUCGCAUGGGCAGUGCAGCGGACAGGCGUGGAGAUGAGGCCGAGUGUGCAGCUGAGGGCAGUGGAGGGCGAGGAGCAGCAGCGAGCAGCAGUGCGACGGAUACUCGAUGAAGCCAUGAGCGGGGCGGCUGUUGCACAGGCAGAGCAGCAGCGCAGCAGGGAGGCAUGUGGGAGGAUGCAGAGGGAGGCAGAGCGGUGCUUACAGCAGAGCGAGCGGUUCAGAGAGGAGAAGAGCCGCCUGGAGGACGAGCUGCUGGGGAAGGUGUGUGUGCUGUGUGUGCGGUCGGGUGUGCUUGUAGCGGUGUGCCUGUAA